GCCAGCGAUUUAUACAGUGCCUACAAUCGCCGAAGCCUGCGAGAACGACGCAAAUCCAACUGGCUCUAUUGUAGGGUGAUGGAUGACGUAAAGUUCCUACGUAAAUGGCGCAGUGGUGAUUCGGUUUUUGAUCCGCAGCUGCGGAAUAGGGAAUGGGAAUAGAAACGACGUAUCUUUUCAGGGGUAAAAAUUGGUCUGACGCCUGGUAUUACAACAACCAAUUUAUCGGGACCCGCUACUCUAGUAGCCCGAUUGGGAUCGGGAGUUGUCCAGUUGGUUGUCACAUAUGAUACACACAAUAUAAAAACAUUGUGUGGCGAUUUAUUUAUUAAACUUCACUGUAUGUCAGUGAGAAACAUUGUAUGGAUGAACCUCCCGGCUCUCAUACAUGGCGUGAAGAGACAUCGGGCAGCGGAUAUUCUACAUAUCGACGACGUGUUGCAAUUUAUCGAAGAAUCAAGACCUUGAAUACCAAGGCAGAGUAAAUGGAGCGUGUGUCUGCACGGUUUUGACUCUAGGUUACGGUAUGAUCCAGCUGCGAAUCUUAUCUGAUUGCCUGGCCCGGAUUCCUGUGGAACCUUUCACUUGAAGUACAGUGGCUGGAUUCAUAGGGAGGUACGUGUGUGUUCUGCCAGCCACGGUUCAGCGCAAUAUUGUCGCUGCGGUAUUUUACAGGGUUUAUCCCUGGCAGAGUACUGCUCCAGGUCCGCGUUGAGGUGAGCUCGAGGUGGACACGCGUAGGAUGGGAGAACGAACAGAACCGAUGCAGUGGGUCUUGGCAAGGCAUCGUCACAAUACAGGGCAGUGAUGCCUGGUAUGGUGAUGUUUCGGCGGCGCUGGUCAGUUGGCAGUGAUGACCUAGUGCUGCCCGCCCUCUUCCUCUUUCUACUGCACUGCAUCUGGCUGGUGGUUCUAUCUGUGGUUCUGUUCGGCCUGCCCUAUGGCUCGGACCAGUCCUGCUCGGUCACCCUGGUGGACCAUGGCCGGGGGUACCUGGGCAUCUUGGUCAGCUGCCUGAUCUGUGAGAGCGCCAUCAUAUGGCUGAGUAUGAGAGGCAGCAUCCUCUACACACAGCCCAGAGAAGCUGUGCAGUAUGUCAAAACCCUCAGGUUGGUACCCUCUGCCCUACACACUACCAUCUCUACAGAGUAUACCACCUGCACCCUCAGACACAGGCUAGAGGAGGGCCAAGCCAGCAGCUGGAGCAGGAGACUGAAGUUCUUCAUGUGCUGCACCCGAGCCCAGGACACACARUCUGAUGCGUAUUCYGAGGUGGCCAGCCUGUUUGCAGAGUUCUUCAGAGAUCUGGACAUUGUGCCUAGUGACAUCAUAGCUGGCCUGGUGCUGCUUCGCCAGAGACAGAGGUCCAACAGAGGUGCCAUCCUGGACCAGGCCAACAAUGACAUUUUAGCCUUCUUAUCUGGAAUGCCUGUAACUCGCAACACCAAAUACCUGGACCUUAAGAACUCGACGGAGAUGGGCAUGUACAAGGAGGUGUGUUACUACAUGCUGUUUGCCCUGGCAGCGUACGGCUGGCCCAUGUACCUGAUAAGGAAGCCUGCCUGUGGGCUGUGCCGCCUGGCCAGCUCCUGCCACUGUACAUCAGGGUCUGGCUCUAGGCUGUCCCAGACAGUGACAGUGGAGGAGGAUAACUGUUGUGGCUGUAACGUCCUGGCUAUCCGCCGCCACUUCCUGGACAGAGAGCUGAAGCAGGUCCACGUUGUCUACACAUCCUGGCACGACGCGGUUUACGAGACACCUUUCUUUGUGGCUGUGGAUCAUGGGAAAAAGAAAGUUGUCAUCAGCAUUCGAGGAACCCUGUCCCCCAAAGAUGCCCUGACUGAUCUCACAGGGGACUCUGAGCGUCUGCCAGUGGAGGAGCAGCAUGGAAACUGGCUGGGCCACAAGGGGAUGGUUUACUCAGCAGAGUACAUUAAGAAGAAACUGGAGCAGGAAAUGAUCUUGUCACAAGCCUUUGGAAGAGAUUUGGGUAAGGGAACCAUGCACUACGGGCUGGUGAUAGUGGGACACUCCCUUGGUGCCGGUACUGCAGCCAUUCUGUCCUUCCUGCUCCGCCCCCAGUACCCCACACUGCAGUGCUACUCCUACUCUCCACCAGGUGGCCUUCUGAGCUUGGAAGAGGAGCCCACCUACUCAGCUCUCUGGGGGGAUAACAAGUCUUUCAACGAGGUCAUCAUCUCCCCUGCCAUGCUAAACGAGCACAUGCCUCACAUGGUGAUGGAGGGACUYAACAAGGUGCUGGAGAACUAUAACAAAGGGAAGACAGCCCUGCUUUCAGCUGCUAAGGUAAUGGUGAGCCCAACCGAGGUGGACCUGAACCCAGAGACCAUCUUCAUGGCAGCCGCCCCGCCUCCUGCCUCCCAACAACCCACCCCAACCACACAACACCGCAGGAACAGCAGUGUUCGUUCUUGUGCUCGCUCUGAGAUUUCACUCGAUGGCUUUGCGGAGUGCCCCCCUCCCCCAGUGCCAGUGGUUCUGCGGGGGGCCAGGGAGCGCCUUACCGUGGAGCUGAGGGACCGCCACGCCCCCCUGGCCAUGAUGGAGAGCCUGUCAGACGCCGAGUCCCUCUACAGCCUGGACUCCCGACGAUCCUCAGCUGCACUCAGGGGCUCGCCCAUGCUGGGGUGCCUCCCCUUCCAACUGAAUGCACCUAUCCCUGAGGAGAACCCCUCUCUCAGCUCCCGCACCGAGCUGCUGGCUGCCGACUGCCUCUACCAGGCCACCCCAGAGCACGAGCUGGGAGAGGCAGGACCUUACUUCACUCCUCUGGGAUCCGGCUCCACCCCAGACUACCCCAUGCGGCUCUCCCCUUCCACCCCGCGCUAUAGUGGCCACCACUCCCCAGCACCACUGGCCCAGAGUGUCAUAGGUCAGCCUUUCACACAAAAAGAGCCUUGUGCCGCCCCUUGCCAUCAAAUGCCUGGCAUUUACAGCCCAGGCAGCACCCCUAAUGCUCCCCUCAGCCCACGGAUCAGCCAUGGGGAGGAGGAGGGAGUAGAGGCAGAAGGAUGGGAAACAGAGACAGGAGAGUCACAGCCCUCCUCCUCCACUCCUCCAGCCCAGCUGUCCAACGGCAACCCUAGUCAGGCAGUGCUGGAGUUUGCACAGUACCUGGACUCUCUCUUCAGGCUGGAUGGCAGUGGCUCACCGCCUCUGGAGUUGUCUGACGGGGAGUCUGAGUCCGGUCGGGGGUCGUAUGGUCAGGGAGAGGGGCCAGGGGAAGGACAGAAGGGGGACGAUACACAGCUUCUGGCUCGGGCCACAAUGGAGCCUAACCUGGUUCCUAAGCCCCCGCGUACCUUUGCUGGAUCUGCUGACCCUUCCUCUGGCAUCUCCCUCUCACCCUCAUUCCCUCUCUCUUCCUCUGGUGAGAUCAAUGACCUCUCUCCCGCCGACGGAGCACCUCUUCCCACGCACUCACUACGAACCUCCACUCCCUGUCCCUACCCUGAAGAAAACACACUGGCGUCUAUGGUAUAGUGGCCCACUCAGUCCCUCCAUGACUCUUUCUCUCUCCUCUUUCCUUAUUCCGUUGCUGCAUCUAUCUGAUGUUAAAGUAUCACUGAACAUGCAUGCGAUGGAAUGCAAUCUGCUAUGCUGUUACAGUACCUUACAAAGACAUGACAUGGCAGACCAUAAUGAAUAAGACUGAGAUGAAAAACUAUUGUUCCAUUUUCAGGUGUCAAAAGCUGUGUAAAGCAUUUUCACUACUAUUGUAAUAAUACAUUUGAAUCUCUGUCUGCAUGCCAGGGGCCUGUGCUGCUUUGGGGUGAAUAGCCUCACCACUGACUGUCAUUCCAACACACACUAUCUCACAUCAACACAUGGUAGCAUUACAGCCCUGCAGUGACGUGACUUUAUCAAAUGGGAGACAACUGAACAGGGGGAGGGAGGAGUUAGACACUAGGUGGGGUUUUCAUUGGCACAUAAUCACAAUUAACUUACCCACCUCCUUCAUCAGCUCCUAAAGCUUAUUCAUCUUUAAUAUCAGGAAAGUUAAAAAAACGGAGACAGAUGCUGAACAAUAGAGAGGAGAGAGAGAAGACGUUAUGUUUUGUUUCUCAGGUCUAUCAAGAAAUGACAGUGUGGAAGAGAAGGAGUGUAGAUCAUAGAGAAUUUAUGUGUCUUAAAACAGUGAUUGUGACAAAUGUUAAGAAUGUGGUUUUGGUCUUUGGUUGUCUUUUAUAGCAUGAGGAACGUAGUAUUCAUUUUUUUUACAGAAAUCACUCGUCCGUCAGUAACUCUUACUAACAUACGGACCAUCUCACACACAUCAAAAUGCACAAUUUGCCCCUUUUUUCCCAAAAAUGUAUUGCCAAAUGUAUUUAUAAGAUGUGAUAUUGUUUAUGUUUGUGAAAUACUGUAAAAUGUACACUUUGACAAAACAAAGAUACAGGUUUCAAGUUUAAUUCCGAGAGGGAGAAGAUACAUUUUGGUAUCGCUCCCUUUAAUAGCCAAUCAGUCUAUUCCCGUUCAAACUGUGUUAAAACACCCUGGAGAGGAUGAGGAAGCUAUCCCUACAACACUGCCAUGGCACAUAUCUCCCAAAACAUGUCUCUCUCCAAGUGUUUGUACCAAGCCAAUUAUGCUAAAAAAAAAACAUGAGAUGCACUGUAGGAGAUUGUUCCUCUUAAAGGGGUCUUGCUGAGGUACACAAUUAUGUCAAUGACUUCUAAGUCUUUGGUUCCCUUUAAACUGGUUCAUCUCAAGCAUAUUGAGGUUGAACUGUACAGGUUGUAGUGCCCACUUUCACUACAUUUUACUAAAA